AUGAUGGCGGCAACUCUCACUCUACAAGAUUUUUUACAUGAUGCUCCUGUCACGAGUUUCAGUUCCCGCACCCUGCAUCGCCCACCUGGAUCUCGCAUCACCCGCCUGGACACCAACUACAGGAGCCUGGACACCAACUACAGGAGCCUGGACACCAACAGGAGCCCGGACACCAACUACAGGAGCCCGGACACCAACUACAGGAGCCUGGACACCAACUACAGGAGCCUGGACACCAACUACAGGAGCCUGGACAACAACUACAGGAGCCUGGACACCAACUACAGGAGCCUGGACACCAACUACAGGAGCCUGGACACCAACUACAGGAGCCUGGACACCAACUACAGGAGCCUGGACACCAACUACAGGAGCCUGGACAACAACUACAGGAGCCUGGACAACAACUACAGGAGCCUGGACAACAACUACAGGAGCCUGGACAACAACUACAGGAGCCUGGACAACAACUACAGGAGCCUGGACACCAGCUGA